AUGGCAGUCCCGGUGCUGGAUUUCAGGCCGCACUGGGUGCCUCCCUCCACCCGGCAGCUGCUGGGAGCUGGGGCUCAGCCUGGAGGCUCGGUGCAGGCCAGGGGGNUGGGAAUGUUGAGAGCUGUACUGUCCCCUGUGCUUUCAGCACCACAUUUAUCUCAAAACGUGUGUCCUGUUUUGGAUCUUCAUUCAUUUGCUGAGUCAGAAUCAGAAGAAGAAUUUUAUGAUGCACUAAGCAGUCCUGUGGAAGAUGUGCCAUUUUUUGAAGUCCCAUCUGGUUCCCUCAAGCAGGCCAUCAGUACAAGGCGAAAAACCCUACGCAAACAAGAAUCUUUGAAAAAUAUGACAGAUUUCCAGCUAAAGUUUGAAGUAGCCGAGGUCUUAAUUAAAUUAUGCCGUCUUACUGGUGAUACUGAGAUGCCUGUGCUCCAGCUUGAUAUUUUGGGCUUAGGCACUGAAAUUAAGAUAAGAACAUUUGACAUGACUGGGAAUGCCUUCCUUCAUGAAGUUGGUCUUCUGUGCCCAGAGUAUAUUGAUGAUAAUGACAAGCCAGUUUACAUAAUUACUACAUUGGAUAAUGUAGAAGAUGAUCUUCUCACCCUGGAGUAUAUAAAGACUGAUAUUAAGGGACCAGAACUGAAAACUGCCUGUCAGAAUAUUCUACAGAAAAUAAAGGUGAACUUUUCUUCUCUAGAUGUUCAUUUGCAUACUGAGGCUCUGCUGAAUGCUAUUAACUAUCUGAAUAAUCUUCUACCUAAACAAGGAACUAAAGUUGUGGAAGAACCAGUCCAUGAAAAAACAGAGGAGAAGAAGGAUGUUCUUAAAAAAUUAACAUCAAAAAAAUCAAAGUGUGAAGAUGUUAUUGACCUCAUUAUCUGUGCAGAUUUAUCGUGUUUGCGUAUUUUUAUCAGAGAGAAAAGCCAUAGAAUAGCUGAAAUUCACAUUGAAGGUCUCGAUAGCCAAGUGAUCAUGAAGAAAGCAGCAACUGAUGUGACUGCAAAAUUGAAGAACAUCAUUAUUGUGGAUUCUGAUGAGACAGCAUUGUAUAAAAAGGCUCUUUACAUCACAGGAAAAGAAGUCUUCAACUUCAGAAUGGUAUCAUAUCUGAAUGCUACAGAUGGCAUUGCAUAUACAAAUAUGGAUGUUGUUGACAAUCGUAUUUACCUAACUGUUGGGUGUAUUCAAGUAGUUUUUGUCAACAAGUUUGUUUCAUCUAUUUUGGCUUUUAUAAAUAACUUUCAAGCUGCCAAGGAAGCUCUUACUGAAGCAACUGUUCGAACAGCAGAGAAAGCAGCUACAGGUGUAAAAGAGUUAGCAGAGCGUAGUUCCCGUUUGGCACUAGAUAUCAAUAUCAAAGCACCUGUUGUGAUAAUUCCACAGUCAGCAAUGUCUGCAAAUGUCCUGGUGGCUGAUCUUGGUUUAAUCACAGUGAAGAACCGAUUCUUUAUUGCUAAAACAAAAGCACGGUGUACUCUCCCACCUGUUAUUGACUCUAUGACAGUGAAAUUGAGUGAACUGAAGUUAUACAGAUCUUACUAUGAGCAAGAUUCUUUGCAAACUGAAGUACAGUUGCUGCAGCCAGUCAAUCUGGAAGUAGCUGUUGAACGAAAUUUAGCUGCUGCAUGGUAUAAUGAAGUUCCUGAUAUUGAAAUAUCUGGCCGACUCAAGCCUAUGAAUCUAAUUCUCAGUCAGGAAGAUAUUACCACAAUACUGAGGACACUAAAUGAAAAUGCAGGUGAAAGCUCUGGUGCAUCAACAGCUUUGCCAGAAUCAAAAGCACCAACUAGUCAUUCUAGUGAAACGCAUGGUACUUCUCAGCAGUCUGCAGGUGUAACUGUUGUGACAUCAGCUGUGGUGGAAUUGCAUUCACCUAUGAAAAUCAAAACAACACUAAAACUGGACUUCAGAUUUGACUCUCUUACUUUAGUGUUGUAUAGUCCAAAUUCAAAACAGGUUAACAGUUUGGAUCAGAGAGAUGACCUUUUGAAGCUUGCAGAAUUUAAAUUAGUUCUCAUGUCAGCUGCUCUGAAAAUGUUAUCAGAUGGUUCAAUGAAUGCGUCAGUCAAACUGGCAAACUGUACAUUAGAUGAUAAAAGACAGUCAAUCCAGAAGGCUACACCAAGAAUGGUGGAAAUGAAACAUGGAUUUGAAAAAAAAGUUAUGGUGGAUGUAAACUACAAACAGGGGAGAGAUGGCACUGUUCUUGAUGUUAUUGUUCAAGAGAUAUACCUUUGUGCAAGCAUGGAGUUUCUACUUACUGUAGCAGAUAUAUUCCUAAAGGCUAAUGCAGAAAGUGCUGCUGCACAGAGAAAUCUCAAGCAGUCAUUACCAUCAAAGGACCAAGCAUCUGUGCAGUCGGUAUCUACGAUGGAAGUGAACAUUGUUGUUAAAAAUCCAGAGAUUGUGUUUGUGGCUGAUUUAACAAGAAGUGACGCUCCUGCACUGGUGGUUACAACACAGUGUGAGGUCUUCAUUAAAAGUAGCCCUGAAAGGUACAGCAUGACAGCUGCUGUUAGAGAGAUACAGAUGAAAGCAUGCCCAUUUCUUCCAGAAGAAAGGAAAGGGAACAUUACUACGGUAUUGCAGCCUUGUGACUUCUUCUUUGAAAUGAAACAGUCAGGAACUAAUCCACAGACAGCUGAUCUAACCAUUAAAUCUCUAACAAUAGAAGUUUCACCAAUAAUCAUAAACACAGUAAUUACUAUUACAUCAGCUCUUUAUCAAACUACAGAAGCAACAAAAGAAGAGAUUAGUCAAAUUCCGCCUGAUUUGUGGAAUAAGAAAGAUAUAAAAAACCUGAAAAUGUGGUUUCUAGAAGAGACUAAUGAAAAUGAAGAUAAAAAUCCAAACACAGAACUGGUUCCCACAGGAGAGUCAUUGAAAAUUAAUAUAGAAUCUGUUUUUCUAACACUUGAAGCUGGGGUUGGGCACAGAACAGUGCCAAUGCUUUUAGCCAAGUCCUCAUUUACUGGAGAAGUCAAGAACUGGAGUACUCUAAUCAACCUGCAUUCUCGUCUUGAGCUAGAGGUACAUUAUUUUAAUGAGAUGUUUGGUGUGUGGGAGCCUUUGCUUGAACCUCUAGAAGUUGAGAAGACUGACUUAUUCAAGCCAUGGACUCUUGAAAUCAAGAUGAAGAAGGCUAAAAAAGCACUGUUUGAAUCAGAUGAUGAAGAAGAAGAGAACUACAAAGUUCCAGAAUAUAAAACAGUAAUAAAUGUUUCCUCAAAAGACCAGCUGAACAUUACACUGUCCAAGCUAGGACUGCAAAUGUUGAGUAACUUGGGCACGGCAUUUGCUGAAGCAGCUAGUCAAACUUCAGACAUCUUCAAAAAAGACCGAGCACCAUUUGUAGUAAUAAAUUCUUUAGGAGUUCCUAUCACAGUCUCGCCUAGUGAUUCCUUUAGUGUCCUUAAUGUUGAAUUUGGAGCAAAAAUAUUUCAUUUAGAAGACAAAGAGAGUUUAAAUAUGGAAUUUGUCAGAACUAGAAAUGAGAGUGACCAGUUCACAGCAAUGACAACCCUGUGUAGCAAGAGAUUUUACAUUCAGAUCUGUCCUCAUAAUCAUUCUGCUGUGGAGAAGAUUCCAUUGACUAAAGUGGGUCGAUGUACUUACAAAGUGAGACACGAGGAAUCAGGCGUUGAGAGGUCAAUUGUCAGUCAAAUUGACACGGUUGAAGGAAGCAAGAUGAUAACUAUACGUUCCCCUGUUCAGAUAAGGAAUCACUUUUCAAUCCCAUUAAAUGUUUUUGAGGAAGGAAGAUGUUUAGGGACUGCUUCACCAGCAAAUGAAUUCAACAUACCCUUUUCCUCUUACAGAUCCGUACUGAGUUUGCAACCACUAGCCAGUGAAAACGGAGUGGGUGGAGAGUAUGAUAUGUGUGAAGGAAUUACAUUUGAUGAAAUUAUGAAAAAUGUUGAUGGUUUAUUACAAAGGAAAUGCCAGUCUGUGAGGUCAACUAACCACUCACUUAUCAUCAAUAUUGUUCCUGUAAAAGAUUCAUUGACAACUUCAUUAAGUGCAGAAGAUGAAUGGGAUUUUCCAUAUGUUGUUCAUUUAUGGCCUUCUGUUCUUCUCCGCAAUCUUCUUCCUUACCAAAUAACUUAUUCCGUGGAGGGAAAUGGGAACAAAUAUGACACUCUACAAGAAGGAUGUUCAGCCCAGAUUCAUAAUGCAGUCUUGGACCAAACAAAACUAGAUUUGCAGUUGCUUAACUAUCUUGAUCAAAACUGGAGAACCGAGUACCAGAUAAAAAGCAAUGUCCCUGAUAUCAGCUUCACCACAUUUCACUGUGUCACAGAGCUGGAUAAGACUGAACUGGAUAUUGCUGUUCAUGUGACCUACACAACUGGGCAGAUGAUAAUAGCAAUUCACAGUCCUUACUGGAUGGUGAAUAAAACUGGUCGAAUGUUACAGUACAAAGCGGAUGGUAUUCACCGCAAGCAUCCUCCAGAUUACAAAAAACCCCUCCUUUUUUCUUUCCAGCCUAAAAACUUCCGUCAAAAUAACAAGGUGCAGCUUAGGGUAACUGACAGUGAACUGUCUGAUCAGUUUUCUCUGGACACUGUUGGAAGUCAUGGUUCUGUAAAAUGCAAGAGUCAUAAAAAGGAAUAUCAAGUUGGUGUCACCAUACACAAUAGCAGUUUCAAUAUUACUAGAAUUGUAACCUUCACUCCAUUUUUUAUGAUUUCAAAUAGAAGCAAAUACACUUUGGAGGUAGCUGAAGAAGGCAAGGAAAAGUGGAUUCCCAUUGUUUUGCAACAGUGGUGUGAGAAACAAUGGGAAAGGGAACUUAGUGGCAUGUGUAUUCCCUUUUGGCCUGAAAAUGAUGCCAACAAACUGCUUGUUAGAGUUGAAAAUUCUGAUCUCCCUCCAAAGAAGAUAAAUUUUGAUCAGCAAGAAAGCUGUCUUUUACUGCAUUUGGACAAUAAGAAUGCAAAGGUCACCAACACAAAAUAUUCACUGAUAUUUUUAAAUUUAAAAUUACUUUGUUCUAGCUCCCUCAGUGAAUUGGAAGACUGCCUUCAGCCAAAUAAGGCAGUGUUGUAUACUUGGGCAGACCCAACAGGAUCUAGGAAAUUGAAAUGGAGAUGUGGAAAUAGAACUGAGGAAAUUUCCCCAAAAGAGGACAAGAUGGAAAUACUCAGUGUGGAUUCUAGAAAAGCGGUCUAUUUAAUGUCGUUUUAUGAAGGUUUGCAGCGUAUUGUCCUCAUCACUGAAGACGAGAAUGUAUUUAAAUUGACAUAUGAAAGCGUAAAAGCAGAACUAGCAGAACAAGAAAUUGUUCUGUCUUUGCAAGAUGUUGGAAUUUCAUUGGUUAAUAAUUACACAAAACAGGAGGUGUCCUACAUUGGAAUUACAAGUUCUGAUGUGGUGUGGGAGACAAAACCCAAGAAGAAGUCAAGAUGGAGACCAAUGAGUGUUAAGCAAAUUGAAAAAUUAGAACAAGAAUUCAGAGAUUACAAUGAGCUAAGUCCUUCAGAAAAUAAGAUCAUUGAGUUGGAAUCUAAUGUUUUGGUAUGUUUAACUCCUAAUGGAGUGAACAUGAAGAUUCAACAGCCAAAUGAGAUUCCUAUCAGAAGAAAUUAUCUGCCAGCUUUGAAAGUGGAGUACAGUUCCUCUGCACAUCAGAAGUCUUUCAGAAUUCAAAUUUACAGGAUACAAAUACAAAACCAGAUUCCUGGAGCCAUAUUUCCCUUUGUGUUCUACCCUAUUAAACCUCCAAAGUCCAUCACCUUGGAUUCAGCACCAAAACCAUUUACUGAUGUCAGUAUUGUCAUGAGAACUGCUGGACACUCACAGAUAUCUCAUAUUAAGUAUUUUAAGGUUCUGAUUCAAGAGAUGGAUCUCAGAUUAGAUCUUGGCUUCCUGUAUGCAAUUGGUGAAUUCUUUACCCAGACUGAUGUGCCAAGUGACCAAGAGCUACAACUUUUCAAAAAGGAUGUUGAAUCUCUUCAAGAAGAACUAAUGAGUGUGUCAUCAAUGGAUACAUCACAAAUCAGCUUGUAUGAAUACUUUCAUAUCUCUCCAAUUAAGUUACACUUGAGCUUUUCACUCAGUACGGGUGGAGAAGAUAGUAACAAAGAAGAGAGAAAGAAUGAAUUGAUACCAUUUCAGUCCUUGAAUCUCCUGCUGAAGAGUAUAGGGGCCACCCUUACAGAUGUACAAGAUAUUGUCUUUAAGUUGGCAUUCUUUGAGCUCAGGUAUCACUUCUGUACUACACAGCAGCUCCAGUCAGCAGUUGUAAGGCAUUAUUCAAAACAGGCUAUUAAACAGAUGUAUAUUCUUAUUCUUGGCCUUGAUGUGUUGGGUAAUCCAUUUGGAUUCAUAAGAGGCUUGUCUGAAGGAGUAGAAGCUUUCUUCUAUGAACCAUACCAGGGAGCCAUCCAGGGUCCUGAGGAAUUUAUAGAAGGCAUGGCCCUAGGACUUAAAGCACUGGUAGGGGGAGCUGUUGGUGGAUUAGCGGGAGCUGCCUCAAGAAUCACAGGUGCUAUGGCAAAAGGAGUCGCUGCAAUAACUAUGGAUGAGGAUUACCAGCAAAAAAGGAGAGAAGCCAUGAAUAAACAACCCACUGGUCUGAGAGAGGGUAUCACUCGUGGUGGAAAAGGACUAGUUUCUGGUUUUGUAAGUGGCAUAACAGGAAUAGUUACAAAACCAAUAAGAGGAGCUCAGGAAGAAGGAGCAGCUGGUUUUUUCAAAGGUGUUGGAAAAGGCUUAGUGGGAGCAGUAGCUAGGCCCACUGGUGGAAUCAUAGAUAUGGCAAGCAGCACAUUUCAGGGUAUUAAAAAGGUUGCAGAUUCAUCAGAAGAUGUGAUAAGCCUGCGCCCACCUCGCUUCUUUGGUGAAGAUGGAGUUAUUAGACCUUACAGGUUAAGAGAUGGAACUGGAAGUCAAAUGUUACAGAAAAUUGAAAAUGGAAGAUUUGCAAAACUCAGAUAUAUUGCACAUGCUAUGGUCAACAGUACAGAUCUGUUAAUGGUAACAAAAAGCGGUGUGUUAUUUGUGACAAAAGGGGCAUUUGGACAGCUGACAUGUGAAUGGCAGUACACUUACGAUGAGUUCACCAAAGAACCAUUCAUCAUCGAUGGUCGAAGAUUGCGCAUAGAAGCCAAGGAACGAGUUAAAUCUGUCUUCCAUGCCAAAGAAUUUGGAAAAAUUAUAAAUUUUAGAAGUCCAGAGGAUGCUAAGUGGAUCCUUUCUAAACUAGAAGAAGUACGAGAGAAUCAGCCAAAAUUGUAAUGAAUGGAGAAGCACCAAGAUAUGAAGAACACUGAACAGCUUCCUUUUAAUUCUUCUUUCACAAGCAGAACUGUUUGAAUAUCAUCAACAAAAGCAAAAACAGGAGGGAGGGAAGAUUUAUCCAAUUAUUUAUUAUGGUCACAGCAGUCUAUAUCAGAAAAACAGAUGAUGUUAACUUAAAAAAAUACGUAAUGAUAAAAAUUGUCUGCCAAGUUUUGUCUUGGUUUGCUUGAUUUUUUAAUGUAAGUAUUUCAGGUUUCAUUUUUUAUAUAAGCAGUAUAAAGUGAGUUUGUCUUAACCUUUGAUACUGAAAUUGAACUCUGGAAUAAUUCUUAUGAUACUAUUUGGAGCAAACCUUGCAAUUUUGAUUUAAUUGUGAAAAUCAGUACUUCAUGUUUUGGUUUUAAUAUGACUUGAGGCUGUGUUGAAAUACAAAUUUCUUUGUCAAAGGAAAUGUUAACUUAAUCACUAGUGAUGUAACUCAGAAUAUAAGAAGGAGGCUACUGAUUAGAGAAUUUGAAUUUAGGUCACGAGGGGCUGCUUAGUUGACUAUACUAGGGCUUUUUGUAAAUGAAUGGACCAGGUCACAUUAACAGUACACUAUUGCUUUUAGUGUGAACUUUUUUACAACCUACUCAAGGAAAUAUUGCAGCACCUCUGUCAAUUAUUGCAGAAAAUUUAACAGUUUACAAAAAUGCGUAUUGGGGACAAUUAACUCUGCACUAAACACAUGAAUAAAAGCCUAUUAUUUUAAAUAGAAGUUAGAAACAGUCUUGCAACUCAAGAAGGAGUUUAUGGGGUUAUAAGUGCACUGUUGCAUACCAAAUAUAAAUGCCUUGAAUUACACAAUAUUGUGUGCUAAGCAAGUGACUAGUGAAGUCAAAUUUAUAUUAAAUAAUAAAUAUUAUAUGUCACAGUUGCUUUUAUUAACUUUUCUUACCCAAUGAAACUUCGUUUCAUAUCCAGACAGCAGUAUUUUAUUAGCUUGAAUGUCUGCAAUUCUGUUUAUUUCUUAGAUGUAGUAGUCAUAGUAUUGUUGAAUGGCCAUUUACUGCAGUUGAUACAAAAAGUACAUGAAACAAUAGUGUUACAUGAAGAUUUCUAUAAAUUCCCAUAUCAAAGUCUUCAAAGUAUCUUGUACAUAUAGAAAGCACCUCCUGCCAAAAUAUUAUUUCCAAAAAAUAGUUUGGAAUAUUUAUAGCUACAGGAUAGAAUUCUAACUUUGCUGGUGAUGCUUGAAGUAUCCAGACUGUUCCGUUAUUGUAAAUCUUAAACAACUAGCGUGUAACCUAUAGUUGCAGAUAUUUAAUUUACUGUAAGUCUUGCCAUUGGUGUUUAACCAUUUAGCAGAUUACUAAAUACCGGUAAUCUUGCAAUUUUCCCCAUAAAUUGCAAAUGGAAUAAAAAUAUUAUAAGGGGAUUAAAGACUAUUACAAUGAUGGUGUUACUCCAAUCAUUUUGUACACCAAGUACAUACCAAGAGUAUUAACUCAGGUUAUAUCAUGCCAAACUUCCAUACUUUGCCUUAGAUAAGUCGUGGUUUUAGGUGUACCAUUCUUUAUCUAUUUGUUUUUCAUCUGUCAUUUCUGUCUUGGGCAUGAUAGUUCAUUUAAAAGCCUUAUAAUGUUAUUGAUAAGUAGGUGGUCUCCUCUGCAUCCCCAGCACUUACUGCAAAUUUCACUUACAAUACAUCUUGUUUGUUCUUGUACAUUCCCAUUUGUGUGUAGCUUUUCCAUUUAUCAGAUUCUAAAUAUUUUCUCUCCACAGAGCCUCUAUUUUAGUUAUUUCUUACAUUUAUUUUGCCAACAAACUCGAAUUCUCAAAUCUUAGCUGGCUCUUUGGUAGUAUUUAAGCAAUUUAACUCCUAAUGUGGAAAAAUUUACUUUAAAUGUGCAUAUUUGUGGUUAAGCAGUUCAUGUUUUGGAAAAGAUAUAAAUUCCCCCAGACUGGCAUUUUUCUUACAGACUAUAAAAUUAUUUUGAUUUUCUAUCUAAAAGCCUUAAGACAGAGUCUGAAAUGUCCAGAAGUCAAUGUGGGACUUCUUUUCUACGUCCCUUGAUUUCCACUUGUAAUGAAAAUAUGAUUUUCAAUAGAUCCCUUUUCUAGUCCAUAAUUUGUGUCUUUUGAAUUAGUUGGGUUUUUUUAUAAAGCUUUUCCAUACUGUCAUGAAAGAAUUUUGUCAUUUCUUGACAAACACCAGUUGUCUUCUUUACCUAUAUAUCACCCCAGGGUGAAAAGUAAUGUAUUUAGAGACUUGUGCCAUCAUGAAAUUUUCUGGAUUACUGCCGGUUGUAUGAGAUGUCUUCUCUGCUGUGCCUCAUUUCUUAUUGCAAUAUGCAUAUUUUUUUCAACAAGAAGGCUGAAUAGGUACGUUAGCUUUUAUUGAAAGGGUAUAUGCAACUAGAAAAGGGGAUGUCGAUAAAAAUUAAAAUGUAGGCAUUUAGUUCUGCCCACUGUGGUGUUUAAAAGUGUAUCUUGGCCUUUACUGAAAUGCCACUUUCAGUAAAGAAAGAACCACUCCUCUUCAAUAUGACUGUUAUGUAAAAUUAAUACAUUUGAGAAAUGUCAUGUGUGUUCUCAGUUUGAUAAGGGUUACAAUUACCUCUAAGAAAUUGCUGAAACAUUUGUAAGUCUGAUUGUUGCACUUCCUUUUCGUUCAGCUGCAUGGCUUUCAUGGCAUGGCUCUAUUGGUUUCCACCCCAACUUACCCCACCCUUCUUAAUCUUGAAUAAAGAUAAACUGAAUUUUAUU